UUUGCAGGGAUCCAGGCUGCGGCGACAGAAGGGAUCCUCCGUCUUUGGACCCCAAAUUUACCUAUACCGCGGCGGGGCCGGACUCUCUUUCUCCCGCGCUGCCCAGACCGCGCAUUUUGCGCUCAAGGAGGCGUACCCAUGGCCGCCGCCGGGGACCCCUCCAUAGCUCUCCAGGACGAAGCGACUUGCUCCAUCUGCUUGGAUUACUUCCGCGACCCGGUGAUGAUCAUCGACUGCGGGCACAGCUUUUGCCGAGCCUGCAUCACCCAGUGCUCGGAGGGGCCUGGCCGCGACCUCUUCUCUUGCCCCCAGUGCAGGAUAGCUUUCCCCCGGGGCAACCUCCGGCCCAACAGGCACUUGGCGAAUAUGGCCGAAGCGAUCAAGCGCCUCCGCUUGCAGCGCCUGAGCCUGGCCGAAGGGGAGCCCAAGAAGGAAGCGCCAAAGUUGUGCGGGAAGCACUACGAAGCCCUCCGGCUCUUCUGCCAAGAGGACCGCGCCUUCAUCUGCCUGGUCUGCAGGGAAUCCCGGGCGCACAAAGCGCACGUCGCCCUCCCCAUCGACGAGGCAGCCCAGGAUGCUAAGGAUCAGCUCCAAAGUUGCCUAAUAACCUUGAAGAAGGAGAGAGAUGAAAUUAUGAAGCGGAAAUGGUGCAGUGAGGGAGGAAUUCAGGAAAUUAAGAAAGAUGUGGAAAACAUCAGGAAUCAAGUUGCGGGAAGGUGGGAACUGCUAGAUGCGUGUGAAGAGAUCAUGAAGUCAAUCGACGAAAUAGCCAGUGAAUUCUCAAAGCGCAGUUCUCAUCUCGCCAAUCUGAUUAAAGAGGUAGAGGAGAAGUGUCUCAAGUCUGCCUUUGAACUCCUGCAGGCUAUGGAUCCCUUGCUGAGCAGGUGCAACAUAGAAAUAUCUGGGAAACCCAAAGCUGAUCUGAAUGAGAAAGUUGAGUUGUUUAAUGAAAAACUACAGCUGGUGACGACCAAGUUGCGUGAGGUUUCAGGUAACAGAUUAUGUUUUAACUAGGAUAAUAACAAGAAC